AAAAAAGGUGGCCUCUGAAAACACCGCUUCGAAGCAGGAGAGCACAUUUUUACACUCAUUAAUUCUCGGUGGAAAAGUUAGUGUGAGCUUUUAGCGUAAGUCAUGUGUUCAUCAGUGAGUGCGGGGAGAUGAGAUGAGCUGAGUGUUUGAAGCGGAGGAAAGUUUGAGAAAAGCUGCGGUAAUAAAAUGGAGAGAAGAGUUGAGAGUGUGCUGAGGACACUGGCGGCUCUGGAGACCUCUACAAUCCUGCCCUCUUACUCCCUGCGUCCACUGCAACAAAAACAGCCAUAAGAUUGAUAGACUGCAUUUCUAUAAUACAUGAGGAGAGGAUAGUUCUUUGGUAAUCUGGUCUCAACAACCUUGAUUAUUGUGGCAUUGUAAACUUCUGUCUGUGCCUUUGGCUGGCACGGGUUAUGAGGAUGUGCUGCCUGCUUCAGGUACGAAGGAUCCUGACAUGAUGGGGUGCAGGACAAGCAAGGUCCUCCCAGAACCACCAGCAGACGUACAGCUAGAUCUUGUUAAGAAGGUCGAGCCUCAGCAAACCGAUGUCUAUAAGAACUUUAUACGUGUGGAUGGCAGUGACAAGAAAACUGGCUCUCCUUCCCCUCAAGGUCAAAGCCAUGCCACAGGUGCUGCCACUAAUUCCCCUAUGGCAGGAAAAGGCCAGCUGGAGCCGUCUGAACCACGGAGAAACAAAGUGGCCAAGUACCGGGCCAAGUUUGACCCUCGGGUGACAGCCAAGUAUGAGAUUAAGGCGCUCAUUGGGCGUGGCAGCUUCAGCCGAGUGGUGCGUGUUGAGCACAAGGGUACACGUCAGCCAUAUGCAAUCAAAAUAAUUGAGACUCGAUGGCGUGAAGGCCGCGAGGUGUGUGAGUCGGAGCUGCGAGUUCUGCGGCGUGUACGUCAUACCAACAUCAUCCAGCUGAUGGAAGUUUUUGAGACGGCUGAGCGUGUGUACAUGGUGAUGGAGCUGGCUACAGGAGGUGAACUCUUUGACCGCAUCAUUGCACGUGGGUCCUUCACUGAGCGAGAUGCCACGCGCGUACUCCGCAUGGUACUGGAUGGUGUGCGCUACCUUCAUAUGCUUGGCAUCACACACCGUGACCUCAAGCCUGAGAACCUGCUCUACUACCACCCUGGUGCUGACUCCAAGAUCAUGAUUACUGACUUUGGUCUAGCGAGUACACGCAAAAAGGGUGACGAAUGUCUUAUGAAAACCACUUGUGGCACGCCUGAAUACAUUGCCCCUGAAAUCCUAGUACGCAAGCCUUACACCAAUGCUGUGGACAUGUGGGCGCUGGGGGUGAUCUCCUACAUCCUGCUCAGUGGCACCAUGCCCUUUGAGGAUGACAACCGCAUGCGCCUCUAUCGGCAGAUCCUGAAGGGGAAGUACAGCUUCUCUGGGGAGCCAUGGCCAAGUGUGUCCAACUUGGCGAAGGAUUUCAUCGACCGCGUGCUCACUGUAGACCCAAGCGAGAGGUUGACAGCUGGCCAGGCUCUCAAGCACCCCUGGAUUGUUAGCAUGGCUGCUUCAUCUUCUAUGAAGAACCUACAGCGCUGCAUCUCUCAGAACCUGCUCAAGAGGGCGUCGUCGCGCUGCCAGAGCACGAAGUCAGCACAGUCAACACGCUCCAGCCGCUCGAGCAAGUCAGGUCGAGCACGGCGUGUACGAGAGAAGGAGCUGAGGGAGCUCAACCGCCGUUACCAGCAACAGUACAACGGCUGAAGAGUAGAAGCUUCAGUCACGUUGCGCAUGCUGAUACCGACACUCUGGGGCCCUCUAGACAUGUGCCGAUAAUCCUUUACUCAAUAUUUGACAAAUAUAUUACAGAGUUUUGUUACCUUAACAGAAUUCUAUUCAGAAUAUUUAAAGGCCACAGUACACGGAUCCUUCUUUGUGAAGGCAGUCGCAAAAUCUUGUUCAUCAGAUAAUAAAUCAAGAAAAGUUGGAACAAAUAUAGCAAACAAAAACAUCACUUGGUCUACUCUGACUGAAGAAUAAUAAUAAUAAUAAUAAUAGAAUAUUCUUUUUUUUUAAUUUUUUAGAAUAUCUAUAUACCUUGUGGAGUUCUUAAACCAUGAGGAAACUUUAUGCAACAAUCUGCUUAAAUAAAAAAUCUAAUAAAUAUAAAUUCGGCACAUGCUUAGGACCCACGUGCUGUGAGCAGAGGAGGUAAAGUGGCAUAGGAGUGGCGUGUACUAGUCUAAUGGAAGAACUCUGAGAGACAAUAUUCUCACUGACCACAGAGCCAAUUAGCAAAAAAGUAUAUCUUACCCUCCAGUCCAUCUUUGUGCUAGUGUUUUUUCUUCAUGUUCAAGUUAUUUGUAUGUAUUUUCUCCUUAUUUAUUUAUUGUUAAUGUUUGCUUUUCAUUGUUACAUCGUCUAUGACGUUACUGUCUGUUUAAGCCUUUAACUGAUUGUAUUAUCUGUUGAACAGAAUUCUACGUAAUGAAAUUGCUGGAAGGACUACUAAAUCUGUGGUGGCUGUAUUUAGACCUUCCUGAAUUUUGCUGUGAAUUAUUUUUCUUAACUGUUAUACUUCUAGUUUGUUGCUCACUAAAGUGAGCUCCAUGCUGUUAAUAUUUUCCCAUUGAUCACAGUUUAUUGUGCCAAAAAUCAUUUCAGAUAUGAAGGUUAAACUAUGCCUUUUCUUUCUAAAGAAACCAUUUGGGUGAAGUACUUAUUUCUAGGAGUUUUCUGUUGAUACUGAUACUGAAUCUGGAGUAAUUCCUGUCACCUUUAAGCAUUUUGAUUUACAGAUGGAUCUAUAGUAUGUAAUGCUGACUUACAGUGUAUAUUUAUCUUUAAAUAAAAUGAAUGCUCGAGAUCUAGAGCGAAUAUGCAGUACUUAUGAUUUGCAUAAGUGUCAUUCAGCCGUAGCCACGUUUGAUAUUACAAGCGAUCAAUUCAAUCAGCUCGUUAAACCUUUUCACAUAUUUGCUACUUAAUCCCUAGUUUUUGAACAGUGGGUUCACUCCUAUUGUGUUACCAGGAUCAACCUGGCAUCUCGUCUUAAUUUAGGAAUUUGUCCACGUUUGUGAAUCUUAACAAUUCGAUUUAUAAUUAAAUAUUAACACUUAAUAUGGAAAAGGGAAGAGGUGUAUUUGGUUAUGAUUUUUAACAAAGACACAUUUGAAGCAAUUGUAGCAUAUUGCAUAUAUACUUUCUUGUUAGUGUAAUCAUCUGCUAUGCCUUUCUCAUUCGGAAAAUAAAGUUCUUCAUCAUUAGAAAUCCAUUAGGAAUAAAAUAACACAAGUGAUGUAAACGUCUUUUGGGAAAACCACUGUUUUAUAAUUUCAUUUUAACUGAAGAAGGAAGGAAAUUUAACAGCAUUAAUAGUUUGAAUUUACACCUGAUGUAUUGAUAAAAUUAUCUUUUUUUUCCAAAUUGAGAGUUUUAAGGAAAUGUACCACAAAAUAUUAUGAGGAUUAUCCUAGAUUUCACAAUACAUUCAGUAUGUCAAGUUCAGUGUUUUUGUAAACUUAUUUUUAUAAAAAAAACUUUUUUACCCAUCUCAUUUGAUGAAGUUGAUCCAACACUAUUUCUCGAAUGGAGUGAAUGUGUUGUGUUUUUGUUGUUUUUGUUCUAUUGAAGAUUAAUGUUGGAUAACGUUAAAUAUGUUUUUUGUUUUUUUCCAGAAUAGUGAAUUGUUAGUUUUUAUCAAAUGUUUCAAUUAAAGAGUUCCAUAUAAAAGUUU